AUGGCUUCCAAAGCAAUAAUGUGGUUGAUGAUAGUAUUGUUACUUCACUUAAAUUGCAAAGGCAGCUUGGCUUUUGACUCAAACCUCUCGAGGGAAGAAGAACUGGAACUCGAAAUGCAACUCAAACUUCUCAACAGGCCAUUCAUUACAACGUUUCAGACGGAAGAGGGAGAUAUCAUUGAUUGUGUGGACAUCAAUAAACAACCGGCACUAGAUCAUCCUUCACUAAAAAGUCACAAAAUUCAGACUCGACCGAGUACAUAUCCCUUUGGCUUGUCAAAAGAUUCGUCUUCAUCAAGAGAUAAAUCAUUCAUAAACAACAACAAUAGAGCUUGUCCAGCUGGAUAUGUUCCUAUCCGAAGAACAAUAAAGAAAGAUUUGAUUAGAAUAAGAUCUCUAUCAUCAAAGGAACCAACCGGUAUCAAAACAAGUAUAAAAGGUGGAGUGGACUUCCCAUACAAUCAAGAUGUGGUUUCUGUUGCUAUGAAGAAAGGCAUUAAAUAUUAUGGAGCUAGUGGUAGUGUGUCAGUAUACAAUUUGAGUGUGGCUCAAGAUCAAUCUUCUUCUUCUAACAUAUGGAUAAUUGGUGGACCUCCCCAAGCUCCUAAUGUAAUACUAGCAGGCUGGCAGGUGAAUCCAAUGAUCAAUGGUGAUAGUCUUACUAGAAUGUUUGUGUAUUGGACGGAUCGACCAACCGGGAAUUGGUGGCUUGCAGUAGGUGAGAGCCAUAAAACAAUAGGGUAUUGGCCAAAGGAACUGUUUGGACAUCUGAACGACGGGACAGAGCAAGUGGCAUGGGGAGGCAUCGCAAAGCCUUCACCAAAUGGAAUGAGCCCUCCAUUGGGGAAUGGCCACAAGCCAAAUUAUAGUAAAUACGACGAUGCUUGCUAUUUCAGAUAUAUGAACUACGUUGAUGAAAACAACAAAGGCCAAUUUCCAGCCAAUGAGAACACAGCGAAUUAUUUAAGUAACAACUCUUGCUAUGCUUUGGAUAACAGAGAGACGUGUGGAGGAGAGUUUUUUUAUUAUUGCAUCACUUUUGGAGGACCUGGUGGAAAUAAUUGCAGUCCCUAA